CAUAGCGACCCUUUAGCAGCAUACAAAUUGUCUUGUAGAAGAACUCAGUGAAGACCUUUAUAAGUGAAAAAUCAAGGUCUUUUUUGCAUCAGAAAAUAGCAGUUAUAUGUAAUCUGUAAGAAUUUAUCUAGAAUUGUAUUCGUUAGAUGGUCUACAUAAUCUCACAGUACGUUAUUUUGUGAAGAAUUGCUUGAAUUGAUUAGUUCUCCUUUUUCCAAGUUCAGUGCAAGUUGCGUGUUCACCUUUUCUGCAUGUCUCAGGUAUGCUGAUUAGUCAGGCGGUCUCAUCUGAAACUAAGGUAUAAUAGUGCUAAGUUGUAUAACUUGCCAUACCAGUUUUACAAUGUUUUUGUUUUGCUCAAAGCAGAUGAAAGGUUUAUUUAGUGUGGUUACACUGGUGCUGCAUUCCUGGUGAUCUUGGUAGGUUAAUGACAAUCUGUGUCAUAGAAAUCAGGAACUGUGGGUUGAACCUAUGGGAUGCAUAUAGUUGGUUCAUUAAAAUGCUGCCUCUCAAAGCACUGGAGAGUGUUGGGAGCACUUGGUAGGUAAUGCAGCUUUAAAAAUCUAUCUAUCAAAAUGUCUUCAUUCUGUUUUUUAAACUCUUUUAAUAUGUAAGUGCUUAGUCAUAUCUACUGUGUGAUUGAUUUCUCUAGUAAGGUUAAAAAACACUUUGGAAUUCUAGGUAGAUUUCUUUCCACAGUUUAAUAGGUUUUGUUUUAGCAGGAGCGUUUUGGUUAGUUAUGGCACAGUCGUGUUGUUGGAUUAGACUGCACCUUUGUUUAACUGGUGGGCUUUUAACUGAAUUAACUUUGUCAGUCACUGUUGGAUUGAUGCCACUAUUUUUUUUUAUUAUAGAGAAUGAGUUGAAGAGUUGUUUAAAAAAUAUCUUUGAGAUACAAUCAAGCUUAGAUAUUUAAAGCAGUUUUGAUACCUAGCAAACUUCAAGGUAUCCUUUGGAUAAGGUUUGUAUGGAUUAUACUAUAUUAUGAAUUUCUUAUAAAUUUCAUUUAUGAAAUACACUUAUGAAGAAGGGAGACAUACUGCAGUCUUGCAUUCUGUUGAAUGUUCUUUUAUUAGGCAUACUUAAUUUAUUUCAGAUAUAUUCUGUAAAGAAUACCAUCAUUCAGAAUGUCAGUGAAUACAAGGCAAGAUUUUUGUUCAUUUGAGGAUUGUUUUGUUCAUAUGUGCCUGUGUUGUAAGAAGAGACGAGACAAGCGGAAUGGUUUAGUCUCCUUGAGCAUACGUCAAGAAUGUGUGUAAUAGAAAUGGAAAAUUUUGAAGUUAGAUAAGGAGAGUUAAGUAAAGGCGAUGAAGAGGGUUAAUUGCUGGCAAAGGGCUACUAGGAUAGGAAUGAAUGAGUUACUGUUCUAUCCAAGAGUGUGGUCUCUAGAGAAGCCCAGUAAGUAAGUUAUUUAUUGGCUCCACAGUAAGGUAGCCCAGGUCUUUUGUUUUCUUAAGGCCAUUUCUACUUUUUUAUAAGUCAGUGUUUGAAUUUAUGGACUAUCACCAGUAAACUUACUUUCAAGUCUAAAAUUACUGGACGCGAAAUAUCUCAUCACCUUUCCUGUUCCACCUUUUAUGCAUUUGGAUCAUGAGGGUUGGGAAAAUACGUUAGAGCUACCAGUCUGUUUUAUAUAUUAGACUGAAUCUGCAUAAUGGACAAGGGCAUUUCACUAGAUUUUGGGCUUAAAAUCCCCAACAUUGGAUUACUGAAGGUUAUAACCAACAAUCUUCAUGUUUCAUCGUAUGUAAGUAACAUAAAAACUUGCUAUCAGUUUUUCUCAUGUGAGCCUUCUUGUAGAUAAUUUUAUAAAAGACGUGUCCCUCAAAUCAUGGUAAGUUCUGUGUAUAAUUCCAGGAAUCAUAGAUGGCUGUGUGUGUGUACAUGUGUAUAAAACAGAAGGAUCAGUUUUCUAUGGCUUUGUUUAUAUUAGUUUUAUUGCUGUCACUAUUUUGAACUAAUAAUAGCAGUGAAAUUGUUACAUCCUUUCAUAUGUAUAUCAGGAGAACUUGAGUAAUAUGGAUGGCAGUCUGUGUACUUUAUAUGCAUAUAUAUACAGACUUGUAUGUAUGUGGCUGAAACUUAAAUAUUAAGGGUAAGAACAUGAGUACUUUGUUACAUACACGUAUAUACCCAGACUCAUGUUUUGUAUUAUUAUUAUUAUUGUUAGGCUACUUUGAAAAAAGUACUACAUUGAGCUAUGUAGGUACUACAUUGAGUUAGCAUAUGCAUCUAGGAAGAAUUGAGAAAAGUAUUAUUUCACACUGUAGCAGUUUCAGUGGAAGUCUAUUAAACCAUAGCCUUGCCAGUUAUGGGGGAGGUGAGGAGCAGUAUACACUGGUUUCCAUUUGUGCUGUCAGUGCCAUUCGAUUGGUAGGUGUGCCCCAGGAAGAGCAGUCAGCUGCUUAGAAUGUUGGUGGUAAUGGCCUUCCAUUUAUGAGGUGACUAAGCCUUGGCCAGAAAGACCAGAAUGCCAGGUCAAGUUAAUGGGCUACUCAUGUCAAAGAUUCUGGGGACAGCUAAGCCCCAUCUUAACUUGCAUUGAGAUGCCAUUUUCUAUCUAUCAAAUUAGUAAAGUGAACGAGAGACUGCCCUUUGUUAAUUAGGUUGUAGUUACAGAAGCAUUUUCAAGAACUAUUGGUGUGGUGUAAAUUGGUAUUACCGUUCUGGAAAUCACUUUGGUUUUAUAUAUCAGGAGCUUUAAAAUUGAUCAUACAUCUUUUGACCCAAGGAUGGCCAUUCCUCGUACUCUGUUUCAAGGAAGUAAUCAGAUAUACAGAUGAACAAAGAUACACAGAUGGGGGAAAAAAGAAAUAUAUGUAUCUAUAUAUCUAUAGCUAUAUCUAUAUCUAUCUAUCUAUAUAUAUAUACAUAUAUAUAUGCGCAAAGAUGGCCGUCAUACAUUCUUCUGUAAACAGUGAAACUUUGGGAACAAUACUGUUUAACAGGGAAGAGAUGGUUAGGUAAAUGAUGCCAUGUUUCUUAGGGGAGCAGUAACAGUAAUGGUAAGGGAAAAUAGUUAAAUACUAAAUUGUCAUAUAGAAUUAACAUCAAAUUAUGUUUAAAGAUAAUGUGUAGAAAAGCACCUGAAAGAAAUAAACUAAACUGUUAACAGAAGUUACUUCUGGAUAACUUCCACAAUGAACAUUUAUUUGUUUUAUAAUCUAAACAAGAAAAAUUUAAGAAGAACAGAGGGAACAAUAACUUCAUUAAAGGAAAAAAAGAGGAUUGAUUUUAUUUUAGAGAUCUUCGAAUCUGAGGCCAGGUUUGGAAAUAGAAGACCUAUUCUAACAUCAAUAUGGAACAAGUUGAAUGGACAGCAAAAUUUUCUUAGACUGAGUCAGAAAGGAUAUAAUUUUUACUUAGAAAUUAUUGAGCUAUAGAGUACAUUCUGUAAGGAUAAAGAUAAUAUUAAUACAAGCUUUUUUACAUGCUCUGGCACCCAGUGCUUAAUAAAUUUCAUAUGAAAUGAUGAAUGAAUGAAACUUCGCACUAGGUUUUGAAAACAAAAUGACAGGAUAAACCUCAGCAUAUCCUUUUGGAGUUACAUGUUGGUCUUGAAAAAUGGAAUCCUUUAUUGUUUAAGACGGAUUUGGAGAGAGAGAGAAAAAAAAAUAGUUGCAGAGCUAGUUCAGGUGGUAUAUGGGACCAGGAAUGGGGGGGAGGGUGUGUGGACCUGGGAAGUGGAACCCCAGACUGCUCAGGGAAGAAUUGUCAUUCCCACUGAAGAUCAGAACUGCCUUAAGAAUCCUAUGUUAGCUUGCCGCAUAGUCUGUGAACAGUUGUGUAUACAUGUAUGGGUUAUUCUUUAAAUUUUGGACCCUCUUUUUUUUGGCCCAUUUUAAUUUUUAUACUUUAAAAUUUUAUUUUAUCCCAGAAGAUCUGAAAAUUAAGCUCAUAGGCUUAUAGCAAGUGACAUAAAGGUUAAAGUUAGUUUGGUAGACAAUAUAUUGAGUGAAAAAUGUUAUAACCAUGUAACCAGCAAUCUGAUUUAUCCAUUGUUUUGUAGAAACUUGAUCCUGGUAAUAAAUUAAGUAUCCUGGGCAAUGAUUUUUUUUUCCCCUGAUUGAGCAAUUAGCAAACGAUUUAGUGUAUCAAAUUUUUAAAUUUUUGUUAUAUUUCCACAUAGGCUGUUAUCACCCUAACAUCAGUAACCUUUUUGAAGUUUGCUACUUUUGUUCUUUUCCUACCCCAAAUAAUUUUGCUUUUCACUUUGAAAAUUACUAAUAUUUUAUUCUGUGUUGAUGUGCUUUCUUAUUGUUGCUGUAGUCAAUGUCCACAUUAAAAUUUGUGUUUGUAAAUACCUCUCAUCUAUUAGUCAUCCAUUCGUAUUCUCUGCCAUCUUAAAACCUUCCCAAAUUAGCCGACUCAGUGAAGUUUUCCUAAUUAACAUUGCUCAUCCACCAAUCCCCUGCUUGACCAUCUUUUGUUGUUGUUAGCUGCCAUUAUGUGGGCUCAUGACUCAUGCGACCUCAUGCGCAAUGGAACAAAAUGCUACCUGGUCCUGCGUGCCGUUCCCAUGACUGGCUGUGGCUCGGACUGUUGUGAUCCACAGGUUUUCAGUGGCUGAUUUUCUUAGUCGACCAUUUUUUACCUGAAAAUAUUUUUCUACAUUUCUGGUGUUGAAUGGACAAAGAAAUAGCCAAAAUAAAAGAGGAAGAAAUCAAAGAUGGAAGGACUUUUGUAUCAUCAACAAGCUAGAUGAUCAACUUGGUAUAAUCAGUGUCAGCUAUCUUACAACAUUUCUAUAAAAUAUAAUCAAGAAGUGAUUAUAAGACACAACGUGUUGUCCUUUUUAGCACUCCAAAAACUUCUUUACCUUCCAGUAUUUUAUUGAACAUAUGCGAGGUUUAGGGCAUUCAAAUAAAUGAAAAGACUCAGAUUUGUAGGCGUGAAUAGUGUCAGUUCAUUUUGGUGUUUAUCAUUUCUGCCCUCCCUUUAGAUAAAAUGAAUGAAAACUGGGGAGAAAUGUCCUCUGGAAAGCGUUGAUAACAGACCAGAGCUGCACUUUUGUAGUCUGCCUUAGGAGAACACAUUAGUGGGAAAUGGUUAAAUUCUCCAAGUUAUAAGACACGCUGCUAACACAGAUUUCUCCUGGAUUUGGCUACAGAGUUAUAAAUCUUCUGCACUGUGUACAGACACAGUUGCUGAUAUGUGUUCAAGAUGAGUGGGAUGGGAGAAAAUACCUCUGACCCAUCCAGGGCAGAGACAAGGAAGCGCAAGGAAUGUCCUGACCAGCUGGGACCCAGCCCCAAAAGGAGCACUGAGAAACGUAAUCGUGAACAGGAAAAUAAGUAUAUAGAAGAACUUGCAGAGCUGAUUUUUGCAAAUUUUAAUGAUAUAGACAACUUUAACUUCAAACCUGACAAAUGUGCAAUCUUAAAAGAAACUGUGAAGCAAAUUCGUCAGAUCAAAGAACAAGAGAAAGCAGCGGCUGCCAACAUAGAUGAAGUGCAGAAGUCAGAUGUCUCCUCUACAGGGCAGAGUGUCAUUGACAAGGAUGCGCUUGGGCCUAUGAUGCUGGAGGCCCUUGAUGGGUUCUUCUUUGUAGUGAACCUGGAAGGCAACGUGGUGUUUGUUUCAGAGAAUGUGACACAGUACCUAAGGUAUAACCAAGAAGAGCUGAUGAACAAAAGUGUAUAUAGCAUCCUUCAUGUUGGGGACCACAAUGAAUUUGUCAAAAACCUGCUGCCAAAGCCUAUAGUGAAUGGGGGAUCUUGGACUGGUGAGCCUCCUAGGCGGAACAGCCAUACCUUCAAUUGUCGGAUGCUGGUAAAACCUUUACCUGAUUCAGAAGAGGAAGGUCAUGAUAACCAGGAAGCACAUCAGAAGUAUGAAACUAUGCAGUGCUUUGCUGUUUCUCAACCAAAGUCCAUCAAAGAAGAAGGAGAAGAUUUGCAGUCCUGCUUGAUUUGUGUGGCAAGAAGAGUUCCCCUGAAGGAGAGACCAGUUCUGCCUUCAUCAGAAAGUUUUACUACCCGCCAGGAUCUCCAAGGCAAGAUCACUUCGCUGGAUACCAGCACCAUGCGGGCCGCCAUGAAACCCGGCUGGGAGGACCUGGUGAGAAGGUGCAUUCAGAAAUUCCACACACAGCAUGAAGGGGAAUCUGUGUCCUAUGCUAAGCGGCAUCAUCAUGAAGUGCUGAGACAAGGACUGGCAUUCAGUCAGAUCUAUCGUUUUUCCUUGUCCGACGGCACUCUCGUUGCUGCCCAGACAAAGAGCAAACUCAUCCGUUCUCAGACUACUAACGAACCUCAGCUGGUAAUAUCUUUACAUAUGCUUCACAGAGAGCAGAAUGUGUGUGUAAUGAAUCCGGAUCUGACUGGACAAGCUAUGGGGAAGCCGUUGAAUCCAAUUAGCUCUAGCAGCCCUGCCCAUCAGGCCAUGUGCAGUGGGAACCCAGGUCAGGACAUGACCCUCAGUAGCAAUAUAAAUUUUCCCAUAAAUGGCCCAAAGGAACAGAUGGGCAUGCCCAUGGGCAGGUUUGGUGGUUCUGGGGGAAUGAACCAUGUGUCGAGCAUGCAAGCAACCACUCCUCAGGGUAGUAACUAUGCACUCAAAAUGAACAGUCCCUCACAAAGCAGCCCUGGUAUGAACCCAGGACAGCCCAACUCCAUGCUUUCACCAAGGCAUCGCAUGAGCCCUGGAGUGGCUGGAAGCCCUCGAAUCCCACCCAGUCAGUUUUCCCCUGCAGGAAGCUUGCAUUCCCCCGUGGGAGUUUGCAGCAGCACAGGAAAUAGCCAUAGUUACACCAACAGUUCCCUCAAUGCACUUCAGGCCCUCAGUGAGGGUCAUGGGGUCUCAUUAGGGUCAUCGUUGGCUUCGCCGGACCUAAAAAUGGGCAAUUUGCAAAACUCCCCGGUUAAUAUGAAUCCUCCCCCACUCAGCAAGAUGGGAAGCUUAGACUCCAAAGACUGUUUUGGACUUUAUGGGGAGCCAUCUGAAGGUACAACUGGACAAGCAGAGAGCAAUUGUCAUCCUGGGGAGCCAAAGGAAACGAACGAUUCCAGCAUGCCCCAGCCUGGGAGCAGCGAGAGACCUGACGGACAGAACCGACUACAUGACAGCAAAGGACAGACCAAACUCCUGCAGCUGUUGACCACCAAAUCGGAUCAGACGGAGCCUUCGCCCCUGUCCAGCUCUUUGUCGGACGCAAACAAGGACUCCACAAGUAGUUUGCCUGGUUCUGGGUCAACACAUGGAACGUCACUCAAGGAGAAGCAUAAAAUUUUGCACAGACUCUUGCAGGACAGCAGUUCUCCUGUGGACUUGACUAAACUAAUCGCGGAAGCCACAGGCAAAGAGUUGAGCCAGGAGUCCAGCAGCACAGCUCCGGGUUCAGAAGUGACUGUUAAACAGGAGCCAGUGAGCCCCAAAAAGAAAGAGAAUGCACUACUUCGCUAUUUGCUAGAUAAAGAUGAUACUAAAGAUAUUGGUUUACCAGAAGUAACCCCCAAACUUGAGCGACUGGACAGUAAGACAGACCCUGCCAGUAACACAAAAUUAAUAGCUAUGAAAACUGAGAAAGAGGAGAUGAGCUUUGAGCCUAGUGACCAGCCUGGCAGUGAGCUGGACAACUUGGAGGAGAUUUUGGAUGAUUUGCAGAAUAGUCAGUUACCACAGCUUUUCCCAGACACAAGGCCAGGUGCCCCUACUGGAUCAGUCGACAAGCAAGCCAUCAUCAAUGACCUCAUGCAACUCACAGCUGAAAACAGCACUGUUACACCUGUUGGAGCCCAGAAAACAGCAUUGCGAAUUUCACAGAGCACUUUUAAUAACCCACGACCAGGGCAACUGGGCAGGUUAUUGCCAAACCAGAAUUUACCACUUGACAUCACAUUGCAAAGCCCAACUGGUGCUGGACCUUUCCCACCCAUCAGAAACAGUAGUCCAUACUCAGUGAUACCUCAGCCAGGAAUGAUGGGUAAUCAAGGGAUGAUAGGAAACCAAGGAAAUUUAGGGAACAGUAGCACAGGAAUGAUUGGUACUAAUCCUUCCCGGCCCACCAUGCCAUCUGGGGAAUGGGCACCGCAGAGUUCUGCUGCUAGAGUCACCUGUGCCGCUACCACCAGUGCCAUGAACCGGCCAGUCCAAGGAGGUAUGAUUCGGAACCCAACAGCCAGCAUCCCCAUGAGAGCCAGCAACCAGCCUGGCCAGAGACAGAUGCUCCAGUCUCAGGUCAUGAACAUAGGGCCCUCUGAAUUAGAGAUGAAUAUGGGGGGACCUCAGUAUAGCCAACAACAAGCUCCUCCAAAUCAGACUGCCCCAUGGCCUGAGAGCAUCCUGCCUAUCGACCAGGCAUCUUUUGCCAGCCAGAACAGGCAGCCGUUUGGCAGCUCUCCUGAUGACUUGCUGUGUCCACAUCCUGCGUCAGAGUCCCCAAGUGAUGAGGGGGCGCUCCUGGAUCAGCUGUAUUUGGCCUUGCGGAACUUCGACGGCCUGGAGGAGAUUGACAGAGCUUUGGGAAUACCCGAGCUGGUCAGCCAGAGCCAAGCGGUAGAUCCAGAACAGUUCUCAAGUCAGGAUUCCAGCAUCAUGAUGGAGCAGAAGGCCCCAGUUUUCCCACAGCAGUAUGCGUCUCAGGCGCAGAUGGCUCCGGGUAGCUAUACCCCCAUGCAGGAUCCAAACUUCCACACCAUGGGACAGCGACCUAGUUAUGCCACACUCCGAAUGCAACCCAGACCAGGCCUCAGGCCCGCUGGCCUCGUGCAGACCCAGCCAAAUCAACUGAGACUUCAACUUCAGCAUCGCCUCCAAGCACAGCAGAAUCGCCAGCCACUUAUGAAUCAAAUCAGCAAUGUUUCCAAUGUGAACUUGACUCUGAGGCCUGGAGUACCAACACAGGGGCCUAUUAAUGCACAGAUGCUGGCCCAGAGACAGAGGGAAAUCCUGAACCAGCAUCUUCGUCAGAGACAAAUGCAUCAGCAACAGCAAGUUCAGCAGCGAACUUUGAUGAUGAGAGGACAAGGGUUGAAUCUGACACCAAGCAUGGUGGCUUCUGGUGGUAUACCAGCGACUCUGAGCAACCCCCGGAUUCCCCAGGCAAACGCACAGCAGUUUCCAUUCCCUCCAAACUACGGAAUAAGUCAGCAACCUGAUCCAGGCUUCACUGGAGCUACAGCUCCCCAGAGUCCUCUGAUGUCGCCCAGAAUGGCGCAUACCCAAAGUCCCAUGAUACAGCAGUCUCCAGCUAAUCCUGCCUAUCAGGCCUCUUCAGACAUGAAUGGGUGGGCACAGGGGAAUAUGGGUGGAAACAGCGUGUUUUCACAGCAGUCCCCGCCACACUUCGGGCAGCAAGCAAACACCAGCAUGUACAAUAACAGUAUGAACAUCAAUGUAUCCUUGGCAACCAAUACAAGUGGCAUAAACAACAUGAACCAGAUGACAGGACAGAUCAGCAUGACCUCAGUGACCUCUGUGCCUACAUCAGGGCUGUCCUCCAUGGGUCCCGAGCAGGUUAGUGAUCCUGCUCUGAGGGGAGGCAACCUGUUCCCAAACCAGCUGCCUGGAAUGGAUAUGAUUAAGCAGGAGGGAGACACAUCACGGAAAUACUGCUGACACUGAAGGUAGCUUCAGCUGACCGGGCUCACUUGCUCAAACCCCUUACCAGUCUGGAGAGCUGCAUCCACUUGUUCUGACCCACCGACCUGCCGGCCAGUUCUGCCAGAGCGAGAUCCGCAGGCAGGCCUCAGCUCUGCGCCGGCGUGGAGUCCACGCCGCUGCUGCAGGAGAAGCUGCCUCUUCUCUUGACAGUCUGAAGCUCACAUCCAGACAGUUGCUCAGUCUGUUCACUGCAUUCACCUUAGUGCAACUUAGAUCUCUCCUGCAAGUAAAUGUUGACAGGCAAAUUGCAUACCCAUGUCAGAUUGAAUGUAUUUAAAUGUACGUAUUUAAGGAAAACAACCAUGCUCUUGUUCUGUUCCUGUUCGGUUCCAGACACUGGUUUCUUGCUUUGUUUUCCCUGGCUAAUCAGUCUAGUGCAAAGGAGUAAAAUUUCAUCUGGGAGAAAGAAAAGAGUUAACAAAAGUAAAAACCUAAGGUGUUUUAAGCAAAAGCCUGCAUUUGGGAUAGAAGCAGGCCAGGCACCAUGGACAGCGUUGUAGAUACAGAAAUACCCCGUAAGUGAAGAACAAUAACAGUCCUAGCUGUGUGUUUGUAGAAGACUCCAAGGACCAGGUUGGAAAGAGUUUCCAGUUAUUGAACAGAGGAAAAGGAGCCUGUGGGGGCUGUUAAUAUUAACAAGUAUUGUUUCCUUUGUUCUUCAUUAAAGAAAACCAAACUAGUUCAUUGAAAUCAGGCUUCAGGAAGAAAUACUUUUCAUCCAAAUUAAGUUCCCAUUAGAUUGCUUCAGACAGCUUGAAUUGGCAUCUCCUCUUCCCCAUCUGGCCCUCCGGCUUCCCCAGUUCUCCCAACUUUCGUUCAUUGUUUUACAGCAGUGUACACAGCAGAAACCAGGUAAGCCCUUUUUUCCUUACGUGUUUUGCCAGCCACUUAUCAGUUGCUAAAUAUUGAAUUUCAGAAAAAUGCAUUUACUGGCAAGGAGGGAAACAAAGUUACUACUUAAUGACAGUCAAGCUAAGGAUACCUGCUUUGGAAGCAUGUUCGUUCUGUCCCCCAGCACCUCGGGCCUACAAAACGGGAGAAAACGAUAGUGUAUUUAAAAUUUACAGCAGAUAUCACUACAGAUGUAACCACCGCCGUGUGUUUUUCAUUUUGUUUUUUUGGCAGUGCUGACGAAGCUGAAGUUUUGUAAGGUACAUAAAAUCCAAUUUCUAUGUAAACAAGCAAUAAUUUAAGUUGAGAACUUAAGUGUUUUAAUUGUAUAAUUUUUGUGAGGUAUACAUAUUGUGGAAUUGACUCAAAAAUGAGGUACUUCAGUAUUAAAUUAGAUUAUCUUCAUAGCAGUGUCUCCUAAAGGUGUUUUGUAAAGGAUAUCAAUGCCUUGAUUAGACCUAAUUUGUAGACUUAAGACUUUUUAUUUUCUAAACCUUGUGAUUCUGCUCAUAAAUCAUUAAUCUAUAUAAUAUGCAGCCGCUGUAGGAACCAAUUCUUGAUUUUUAUAUGUUUAUAUUCUUUUUUAAUGAACCUUAGAAAGACUCCGUGUUACCAAGCCGGCCACGUUUAUGGUUGUUUUUCUUGCCCGCUCUGGUAGGGGAAUAAUCUUUUAUUAAUUGGCAUCAGUUUCCGACAACUGCAAUACUGAGAAACUGACGGCCUUUUUUGAGCUAUUUCUCCCCGACACCUAAUACACAGACUUUCUUACCUAAAUUUCCACAUGAUGUCUUUUUGAUGUCUACUAAGCAAAGCAUUUUGUAAUAUCUCAUUAGCCAGGCUUUUUAGGAACAGAGAGGUUUUUCCUUGAAAUCUGAUUGUUUAUUUUGUGGCAGGGUGAAAAAUACACAAACUAUCCCUAUUUAUAUUUAUAUCUCUCUCUAUAUGUACAGAUUUUGGAAGUAUAGACAGAGAUAUAACCCAAAGAUAAAUGAUGAAUAGACAGUCUGAAAGUGUUGCUCCAUACUAAAGAAAUUUUCUGGAAAUCUGCAUUUCGAUAUUUUUUCCACUUGAGAGGGAUCUCAAUACAGGGAGGUGGCCAAGGAACAGCAGUUGUCAGUGGCCACCAGUUCACACGUCCCACUCAAAAGGCGCUACCUUCUCAGCCAAACCAUUGGGUUCCCCAACUGUGAGGGAAGAACGAGCAGAUGUUGGCCCAGGACUCUGUGACCUCACUGGUAUAAUGAGACUUGCUUUAUGCACGAUUUAACCUGACCAGUUUUCAAUUGAUUUUUAGAAAUAUGUGAAUUAGAAUGACUUUACACAGCACAACAGACAAAUGGAGUUGAAGCUGGAUUUGCUUUGUUUUGAGUUUUCAGUCCCUUUUCACUAUAAUACUGUCCAAAAAUAUUGAUAUUGUUUAUUGUUUAUCCAUCUGCCCGCUGUGUUUUACCAUCAGUCCCAAUUCAGACAAAUCUACAAACCUGCCAUCAUGGUAACAUAGACUAUGUCAUGAUCAUUACUGUUUUGAAGGAAUAGAGAUUAUAAGUUCUAAUCUUAUGGCUCAGAUCAGGUAAUGGAUUUUGCUUUACAUCUAAUUAGGAGAAGAAGAGUAAGUGAAGGAAUCCUCUGAUCAUAUUGAUCACUGUAGAAGCAAAAGCCACAUCAAUUCCCUUCAUUAUCAGUAUUUCUCAUGCUGUACACAAUAAAUUUGUUAGACUGAGUACUGGGUUUUUGUUUAAUAGAACAAAUAAUCAGUGUUUUACUUAUAUUACUAAAUGUGAAGAACACAUAAUGUGAAAGUAUACAUACAUUAACUUGGUUGUAAAACUCAUUUAAGUGUUCAUGUAAUGUGGUAAGUAAAAAGUGAAGUGAGCUGUUUUACUACAAUGAAUUCGUUUGACUCAAAGAUGAAGAUGCCUCCCCUCCCCUGUGUGUAUCUCUUAUGGCCUGUAAUCAUUGAAAGCAAUGUUUUUGCAGUUUAUAUAAUGCAAUUUUUAAUCUGUGUUUAAAAAUGGAGUUCAUAUGGGCUUAACACAUGAAUGGGUGGCACAGGUCCACUUGCAGAACCCAAAGAUACACAAUCAAUUUUGAAAUGCAACUUAAGCCAUUAAUUGUUGGUGUGAAUUUAAAAUUUUCUAGUAUUUGUAUGGUAGUAUGCUGCCUGAGAGCAAAGCAUUCUCUGCACAAAAGAAAAUUACUGUAGUGGCUUCGAUUUUAAUUAGAAUUUUCUCCCUGGUGUUUCUUUAUAGACUAAAACAAAAUCUUUUAAGUUUCUUACUACAGGUAAAAGCUAUGUGCAAGAACCUCAAAAUGCUAAAAUCUAGCAUAAUGCCUUAGAUCUGUUUUUAAGUCUUGUAUAUUCCUACAUAGCUGUCCGAUGUAUUAUAUUUGUAUAGUGAAUUGUGUACAAUUUUUGAAUAAGUGCAUCAUCACUUAACAUUUAUGUUGUUGAAUAGUGAUGAUGAUACAUUUCUUCAAACAUUUAACUGUCUUUUUUUUUUCCCUUUGUCAUUUGUGGGUUUUAUUUGUACAGUUCCUCAUGAAGUUCCAUCUGAGAUGUGUGUAUAUGAAAAGAUUAUACAAGGGUAAAAUUAAGCAAUAUAUUAACUGUGGUUCUUCAGGAGAAAGCUUACAGUGUUUCAGGUUGUGAUUUAUUUUCAAAAUGGACUUGACUCUGAACAUCACUUUGUUCACCUGCAUUGAUGUUUGUAUUUCUAGUGUGAGCAGUUUAUGCAAAGGUAGAUAUAUUCAGAGAAAUUUUAAAUACAUUUAUGCAAGUUAAUAUUGCUUUGCUGAUGCUAUUUGCUUAUUUGAUGUUAAAUAAUGCUGUUGUACAUAAAGAAUUCCGUUGUUAUUGCAUCAUUUAAUAAAUUUUAAUGCCUUCGGGUUUUACAUGGCUUUCGAGAUUUU